AUGAUUAAGAAAAUCUUUUUGUUCCUAUUCGUUACUAGUUGUUUGGUACAUGAAUUGCAUACAUCAGAAGUGUCUUUUAUUAAAUCAUGCAAAGCUGGUGACCACGAAUGUCUAUUAGCUGCUAACACUCAAAUUGCGAUUCCCUACAUCGCCGAUGGCAUUGCCGAACUUGAAAUACCUGCAUUGGAACCUAUGCAUUUUGAAAAUAUAACAAUUGACCAAGGAUUCUUCAAAUUGUUUUUGCAAAAUAUGAAGGUAACUGGUGCCAGAAAAUGCAAGGUUGCUGAGAUGAAGCGUAACUUUAGAGAAUCUACAAUGAAAAUGACUUUAGAUUGCCCACUUGAAGCAACAGGCAGAUAUAUUUUUUCUGGAAGUCUUUGGUAUCACGCAAUCAGUAAUGAAGCGGACUUCUUAAUACACGCAGCUUGA